UGUGUGGCUGGGCUUUUGGGGGAUCCCGGCCGGGAGGAGCGACGGCGGGUUAGCCGGCAGAGGAUGGUCGGCCCCACGGCGCUGGGCGCAGUGGCAGCCGCGCUGGUGGCCUCAAUGCUACUGCUGCAGCGUGGGGACGAGGGGCCCGGAGCUGGCCCCAGCAUGGCGGACAAGGAGGCCCUGCCGAAGCUUCGGGAAGACUUCAAGAUGCAGAAUAAAUCUGUCUUUAUUUUGGGCGCCAGUGGGGAAACCGGCAGAGUACUUUUAAAAGAAAUUCUGGGACAGAAUCUGUUUUCCAGAGUAACCCUCAUUGGCCGGAGAAAGCUCACAUUCGAGGACGAAGCUUAUAAAAAUGUGAAUCAAGAAGUGGUGGACUUUGAAAAGUUGGACGAGUAUGCCUCUGCCUUUCAAGGUCAUGAUGUUGGAUUCUGUUGCCUGGGCACCACCAGAAAAAAAGCUGGAGCGGAAGGAUUUGUCCGUGUUGACCGAGAUUAUGUGCUAAAGUCUGCAGAGCUGGCAAAAGCAGGAGGGUGCAAACAUUUCAACCUGCUGUCUUCCAAGGGGGCUGAUAAAUCCAGCAGUUUCUUAUAUUUACAAGUAAAGGGAGAAGUGGAAGCUAAGGUUGAAGAAUUAAAGUUUGAUCGCUUCUCAGUGUUUCGGCCGGGAGUUCUGCUGUGUGACAGGCAAGAAUCUCGUCCAGCAGAAUGGCUGGUUAGGAAAUUCUUCAGCUCCCUGCCAGACUCUUGGGCCAGUGGGUACUCCGUGCCUGUGGUGACUGUGGUUAGGGCGAUGCUGAACAACCUGGUGAGUCCCAGCAGUGGACAAACGGAACUCCUGGAAAAUAAGGCCAUCUUCCAGCUAGGGAAGGACAGUGAUGUGCCCAAGCUGUGACCAUGCCAGAGGACGUUCUUGAAAACCUCAGUGCCUGUCACCAAAUCAGUCUAUAAAAAGUGUCUGUGUGGUCUCUUGUGGUGUUCCUCUCCUCAGCCAUGCAGCUCAGGAAAUGGCAGAUUUUUGCACCAGCUGUUGAGAGCCUGGUUGUUAAUGUAGGUCAGGCAUGGAGCUUUGGGAGGACGGUUUAAAUUGUAAACCUGGACCUUGUGGGUUGCAGACAGGGAUCUGUGGUUUUUCUGUGUCUACUGGAGGUCCCGGUGCCUCUAGGUAUGAGACCAGCUUUCAAGCACUCCCACAGAGAUGCCUGUGCAGAGGGGCCCUAACACUACAGGUGAGUCAUGGUGCUGCUGAGCUGCAUGUAGCUGAGUGAACAUUCUGCCUUGACAGCAUGUCAAUGCAGAAACUAUAGGACAAAUUCUGUAAUUCACUGAGGAAUAAAAGUAAAUGGGCAAA